CUUGUUUCAGUCGUGCUUAUGACAUCAAUAUGGGAGUUCUACGUCGUAUGAUAGAGCGUAUUUUCUAAUAACAAUUGAAAUAAAAUACAAUAUUUCUUUGAAGUUAAAAGAAAAUAUCAAUUAUCUUUUAUAUCAAAAGAAAUCUUGUUAAUAAACCGCGAUGGAAGAUUUUAUACCAACGAAAGUUUCGAAAAUAAAAAAAGAUGCAGUUAAAGAUUUUUUCUCGACUACUUACAUGGUUCCAAAGAAAGCAUUGAAGUCGUCGAAUGAUAUCGAUAAAAAAGAUGAAGUAGACGUAGAGACUGAUAAUAGGGAUGAGUUUUCUAAUACAAAAGCUAAUUCACAGCUAGAUCGCAGGAAGCAACAAGAAUUGGAAAUGAAAAGGGCUAGGUACGAUGUCAUCAAGUUUGGUAUAUCCGGUUUUGAAAGUUCGAAGGCUAAAGAAGCAAAAGUAGAACUAGCAAUAAGAUUAGGUGCAAAACCCCCAAAAAGUCAAAGUUUAAAUUAUAAAGUUUUGAAGCAUAAAAGGAAAAAAGAAGCUAUAGCAGCAAAAAACAAAAAACCGAUAUCAGGAUUGAGUAAAAGUUUAGUGAAACAUAAAAAUAAGAAAAAACAAAAGAAAAAUUCAGGUAUUUUAGGAAUGUAUGGAAAAGUACACAAAGAUGCACUUGUUAAAAAUAAGAAGUAGAUUUAUAACCAUAAACAUUUAAAAUAUCUUUUGUUAACUCAUCGUUGUCAUUAUAACAUCAAUCAUCUAUGUCUAACAACGUCCUCUAUAUAUUGUAUAUUAUGUAAGAAGAAUAACGAGUAAUAAAAUAAUAUUUUUAUGUAUGUUCUUGGAUCAAUCCAAGCAAACUCGAGCAUCGAUAAAACAGUAUUUUUGUUUCUGUACGUACAUUAAAAAUAUAUUCUCACAUGUACAUUUUAAAUAUGCCACAGUGGAAUGAUAAGAUCUUUAAAAAAUCAUUUUCGAUGUUUUAUAUUGGAAUCAAUCGAAAGCAGCUGCGGUUGGCGCCACCUCUAGUAACAUUUGAAGAAAAGCAUUUACUCCUUCUGAAAUAACAAAUACCGAGAAAAUUUUAAUAUCAAUAGGAAUCGUACAAUUGGUUCGCCAGCAUGCGUAUGCAAAAAAUUAUUUUAUAC